AUGCAGCUUCCCUCUGCUGCAGCACUGUUGUCUCUUGUGCUUUGGUCGAUACUGUCCGCAACAACAAAGGCCGAAGCCACAGCAAAAGAGACCACUUCUAUCUAUGACCUCCUCGACAGCCCCGUUUCGUGGACAAGCCUGUCCGACAACAAGCUCUCAAUCCUCGCCGGCUACCACGUCAUCUACUCCUGGCCGGGAAGCAUUCUUCCCCAGCGACUUCUAAACCUCGCCGAAGCCGGCAAAGUCGGCGGCGUGAUUAUCUUCGGCGAAAAUGUCGUCGAUGGCCUUCCUGCUCAAAUCCAGUCGCUGCAAGACGCCUACGCCAAUGGUCCGGCGUACGAUGGCACGCCGCUUCUCGUUGUGACGGAUCAGGAAGGUGGUGAGGUCGUGCGUCUGCCUGGGGGUCCUGAGGAGUCCGCGAAGGAGAUUGGGUCGUCUGCUCAUCCAGCGAGAGCCGCUGCGUCGGCUGGUCCGACGUCGCCAGCCGCAGGUGCAAUGGCAGAAGGGCUGAUCAUUGGCAAAGGCAACCUCGCCCCAGUCCUCGACGUCUACCGCAAAGAAGGCGACUUCGAUGACCAGUUCGAGCGAUCUUUCAGCAAGGAUCCUGACAUCGUCAAGAAGUGCGGCACUGCUUUCUUGAAUUCCCAGCAAGCCAACGGUGUCCUCGCCACCACCAAGCACUUUCCAGGUCUUGGAGCUGCUGACAGUGAUGAGAACACCGACCUAGGACCAGUGACACUGGACGUCCCUCUCAAGCAACUGCGAAGCAUCGAUGAACUGCCCUUCAAGGGCGCAAUUGCGGCAGGUGUAAGCAUGGUGAUGCCCAGUUGGGCUGUCUACCCAGCUCUAGAUCCGAAGCGACCGGCUGGGUUGAGUUCAAAAUGGAUUCGAGCAGAGCUGAGACAGCGACUCGGCUUCAAGGGCGUGACGAUCAGCGAUGCGAUUGAAGCCGGCGCACUUGAAGACUCCGGCAGUAAUUCAACUCGAGCGGUGACUGCGAUUGAGGCUGGUAUGGACAUUGCACUGGCGUCGGCGCGGGAUGUAUCGCAAGGUAAAGAGGUCCUGGAUGGAUUGGUGGCGGCGAUUAGAGACGGAUCGAUCUCGGGACAGGACUUUGCGGCUUCCACGAAGCGUAUAAUGGCUUUGCGAAGUAAGCUGUAG